ACGGCUGAAGAUGGCGGCUGUGAGAGCGCAGCUGGAAGGGCUCGGAUUAUUCUUUCAUAACAAUCACAGUUACGAGACGGUGCAGUGCAACAACACUAAAGAGGAGGCAAAGGCGAAGACAACAACGGCAGUCGAGCGGGUGGCAUUGUACGGGGAUGUGAUUGUGUGCUGAGCUGGGAGUCUGCUGCUGCCGACUAGGGGUACCGUCUCAAGAGGAGGAGGAGACGGCGCGGCGGCAGUGCUUAGUCGUGAGAAGCGUAUUUUUCUUUUUUACGAGGGACCGGAUUCCCGAAAGCAAAACUAAAUAUACAUCAAUCGAAAGGGGACCCCAAGAGGUAGUGUGUCGCUAACGGGGAUCCCACUGGAGAUUAAGCCAUGUAUUUUCUGGCUGGCUGGCCCAGGAGGCUCCUGUGUCCUCUGAGAAGUGAAGAGAAACCCUUUCACAUCCAGCCGGACUCACAGAGACUUCUCUUCGCAGUUCUGUCGUGCUCCCAGAUCAGCAUCUGGCAUUGUCGGCCCAGUGUUCUCAUAGUAAGCUACAAAGAGUCUGCAAAAGCGAUUUCUCAGUUUGGGUUCUAUCAGCAAGUGGAAUGGAAGCCAGACAGCCGGAGAAUAGCUGUGGCGACAGCAAAUGGUUAUGUGUUGCUCUUCAGUAUCUUGCCUGCUGGAGAAGACAAAUAUCUUUAUGAACCUCUGUAUCCCAAAGGCAGCUCUCGUGUGAAAUUGACACCAGGCUACAAAGAAGAACAAUGUGCUCCAAUGUUAAGUGUAGAAAUGAAGACAGUUAUUGAUUUACAAGCACCUAUCACAAGUUUGCAGUCAAUGCAUGAUGAUUUAAUGGUAUCCACUUCUGAUGGACUGCUUCAUCUCCUGCACUGGGAAGGCAUCACAAAUGGCAGAAAGGCCAUCAAUCUCUGCACCGUUCCUAUUUCUGCAGACUUGCAGUCAUCACGUGGUCCUUCACUAGACUUUGAGGGUGUGCAUGUUAGGGACAUGGAAUACUGCAUAACCCUUGAUGGAUUCGCUGUUGUUUUUAAUGAUGGCCGUGUAGGGUUUAUAACACCAAUGUCAAGCAGAUUUACUGCAGAGCAACUCCAGGGUGUUUGGGCACAGGAUGUAACAGAUGGCACAUGUGUAGCCAUAAACAACAAGUACAGGUUGAUGGCUUUUGGAUGUGCAAGUGGGUCUGUUUUAGUAUAUUCAAUUGAUGCAACUACGGGAUCCAUGCAGUUGUCUCACAAACUGGAGUUAACUCCAAAACACUACCCUGACAUAUGGAAUAAAACUGGUGCUGUAAAGUUAAUUCGGUGGUCUCCAGACUGUAGUGUUGUUAUGGUUACCUGGGAAUUCGGUGGUCUUUCUUUGUGGAGUGUCUUUGGUGCUCCCCUCAUCUGCACCCUGGGUGAAGAUUUUGCUUACCGGCCUGAUGGUACAAAGAAAGACCCCAUUAAGAUUGAUUCCAUGUGCUGGGGAGCAGAAGGCUACCACCUGUGGGUCGUCACUAGUGACAGCUUUCAUCUUUUUGACAACAGGCCAGAAAAUAAAGGCACAGUGCAGCAGUCUGACAUGCUGCAAUUCCAGUUCAUUAAAAGCGCCUUAACCAUGAAUCCUUGUAUGAGUAACCAGGAGCAGGUGCUGCUGCAAGGGGAGGAUCGCUUGUAUCUGACCUGUGGAGAUCCUGCUCAGAGUGCUGGUGCAGAUCAGAGGCCUUUCAGGGAGAGGAGUUCGCCCUCCAAUUCCAUUUCAUUAUCUCAGGGGCUAAGCACUUUAUUAGGGCACCGGCAUUGGCAUGUUGUGCAGAUGCACAGCACAUAUCUUGAGAGUAAUUGGCCAAUACGGUAUGCAUCCAUAGACACACAAGGUCAGUGUGUUGCAGUGGCUGGAAGGUUUGGUUUUGCACACUAUUCUCUGUUCACAAGAAAAUGGAAACUGUUUGGAAACAUCACCCAGGAACAGAAUAUGGUGGUUACUGGAGGAUUAGCAUGGUGGAAUGACUUUAUUGUUAUUGCCUGUUACAAUUUCAUUGAUCGACAAGAAGAGCUAAGGCUGUACUUGAGGUCAUCUAAUCUGGAUAAUGCAUUUGCCAGCAUCACAAAAUUGCAUUCAGAAACACUGCUGUUAAAUGUCUUCCGGGACAUAGUUAUUUUAUUCAGAGCUGACUGCUCUAUAUGCCUUUAUAGUAUUGAGAGGAAUAAUGACAGUCCUAACCCAACUGCCAGUGUUGAACUUCUUCAAGAGGUAUCCAUGUCUCGCUACAUUCCCCACCCAUCACUUGUCGUUUCUGUGACCCUGACGUCUGUGAGGACUGAGACAGGGAUCACACUGAAAGCACCGCAGCAGGCAUGUGCAGCAGAAAGCAUCAUGUUGAAUCUCAGCGGACAGCUAAUCAUGAUGCAGAGAGAUCGCUCAGGGCCCCAGGUUCGAGAAAAAGAGAGCCUCUUGAAUCAGAAAAAACUGCUUCCUUUUAGUGCUCCUGUUGUACUUGCCCAGUGUGUUGAGAACGUGUGGACAACCUGGAGGUCCAGUAAACAAAAGCGCCACCUCCUGGAAGCUUUAUGGCUAGCAUGUGGGGAAGCUGGCAUGAAGGUGUGGCUACCACUUUUUCCCAGAGAUCACCGCAAGCCCCACUCCUUCCUCUCUCGACGCAUCAUGCUUCCAUUUCACAUCAACAUUUACCCCCUUGCAGUACUGUUUGAGGAUGCUCUUGUUUUAGGAGCCAGCAAUGAGACAGUGUUAUAUGAUGGACUACCACGUUCAGGGGCAUCAGGGCGUUCAGAAUCUCUGGAAGCGUAUUUUCCAUUUUGCACAGUGGAGCGCACCUCCCAAAUCUACCUCCAUCACAUCCUAAGACAGCUGCUGGUGCGAAACCUGGGGGAGCAGGCCCUUCUGUUGGCUCAGUCCUGUGCCAGUUUGCCAUACUUUCCCCAUGUUCUAGAGCUAAUGAUUCAUGUAGUACUGGAAGAGGAAGCGACCUCAAGGGAACCAAUUCCAGACCCUUUGCUACCCACAGUGGCUAAGUUCAUUACUGAGUUCCCUCUUUUCCUACAAACUAUUGUGCAUUGUGCACGUAAGACAGAGUAUGCCUUAUGGAACUACCUGUUUGCUGCCGUCGGAAAUCCGAAGGACCUGUUUGAAGAGUGUCUGAUGGCUCAAGAUCUGGAUACUGCAGCUUCUUAUCUCAUCAUCUUACAGAAUAUGGAAGCCCCUGCUGUGAGCAGGCAGCAUGCAACUCUGCUUUUCAACACUGCAUUAGAACAGGGCAAAUGGGAUUUGUGCCGCAAUAUGAUCCGAUUCCUAAAAGCAAUCGGCUCAGGAGAGUCCGAGACACCGCCAUCCACGCCAGUCACUCAGGAACACAACUCAACAGGGGGGUUUGAAUUCUUCAGGCAUCGAAGCAUCAGUUUGUCCCAGUCUGCAGAGAGCCUGGCUGGUGGAAAGUUCAAUCUUCAGAAGACGCUAAGUAUGCCUUCCGGACCCUCGGCUAAAAGGUGGAGUAAGGAUAGUGACUGUCCUGAAAACAUGUACAUUGACAUGAUGCUGUGGCGCCAUGCGAGAAGGUUACUAGAAGAAGUGCGUCUCAAGGACCUCGGCUGUUUCUCUGCCCAGCUUGGCUUUGAGUUAAUUGGCUGGCUUUGCAAAGAGAGAACCCGAGCUGCUCACAUAGACGACUUUGUGUUUGCCUUGAAGAAACUUCAUGAAGACUUUCUUUGGCCUUUUCCGGUUAUCCCUGUCUAUUCUAUCAAUUCCCCUUUAAGGAACGGCAGGUAUAGAACAGCUGUUGAAGAACGUUUGCUGAAGUCGCAGUCUGCUGACAGUCUGGUAAACAGUGAGAUGGACACCGCUGGACCCGCAGCCCCCCGCAGCCACAGCUGGAUGGAUAGCCUUAGCCAGACACACAGAGAUUUAGAUACGGCCUCAUCACACGGAGCCCAGACGCAGGAGGCAUUUCUCUCCCCUCUCAUUAGUAAAGGUGAUGAAUGCAGCAUUGGUUCAGCAACAGACCUGACAGAGACGAGUUCCAUGGUGGAUGGUGACUGGACGAUGGUGGAUGAGAAUUUCUCAACUCUCAGCUUAACUCAGGCAGACUUGGAGCAUAUCUCCAUGGAACUUGUAAACAAAGGUCCCCAUAAAUCUCAAGUUCAGCUGAGAUACUUGCUGCACAUCUUUACGGAAGCAGGCUGCCUGGAGUGGUGCUUUGUCAUUGGCCUUAUUUUACGAGAAGUAUCGGUCAUCAGCCAGGUUGUCGCAUUCCUUCAGUGCCAAGAAGUGCCACCCGAGACUGUGCAGAGCAUCAGAAGUGGCCUCCUUGCCGUUGACACCUGGGCAGUUACUGAUUGUCUUGGAUACAAACCCUUCCUCAACAUGAUCCGACCACAUUUCCAAAACCUAGCUGAAGCGACUCCUGAUCAAGUGCAGCCGGAGGCGUUCCAGCCAGUCAGCGCCACCAAAGGGACGGAGGUCACGUGUCCGCGACAGGAAGACUGCCGGAGUUCUGUAAGCUUAACCAGUAGCGUCACCACUGAAGGGGUUGUCCCUGCCAGCAGGCUGGAAGAGGGAAACUCGGAGGAAGCAGACGAAGAGCGAUCGCUGGAGGAAGGCACUUACGAUUGCACCCUUUCUUAGAGAAAGCUACGGACCUGCAGUGUUUGUUGCUGGCAUCCUGAAAACAGCUGCCAGACAGUGUACCUCAAGACACCCCGAAAACGUUACAACUCUUUAUUUUUGUAUGAAACCAAAUGAAAAAGCAUUCUCGUGAAUAUAUAUAUAAAAAAAAAGACUACUAGAAUAAUAUGUUAAAAUUUGGGAAGCCAUACUAAUUGAAAGAGACCAGUUGUAAAAGUUUGAACAAUUUAAGCUAAGACUUGCCAAGAAGCUUUCAGCGAGUACACAACUGCUAGCAUUAAACGUCAUCUUUGUUAUGACCACCGACUCCUCGGCCAGCUUUCUAGAAGCUGAUCACAAUGCCACUUUGCAACUGAAUGAUAAAAGUAGGUUAGGGUCAACCGUCUGUCCUGAAAGAUGACGAUGUCUCGCGGUCAUCAGUGGGCACCUUAAUGAAAUGUUUUGCGUACUUUUGGUUUGACGCCAGCCUUAUUUUGCUGAAUAUUAGUACUGGGGAGGACAGAUUUUUUUUUUUAAAUCUGCGAUAGUUUUACUGCUCAGAUGUUAACAGAUUUGGCAUGCGGAGCCGGCUGGAGCCCUGGCAGGUUAGGCAUGCCUGCCAUCUGUGCAACUGUGGUUCAUUCAUACUGUGAAAAACAAAAUGUGUGCGUGUGGUGUGUGUGGUAUACCAAAAAUCACUAAACGUAGUCCGGGUUCUGUGAACGCCUUCUCAGUACUUGCGGGCUGCCUUGCAUUUCGGUGGUCUUCACCGUUUUGUUUUUCUUUGCAUUGUUUCUAUCUAGCCACCAGGAAGUGGAUACGUUAGGGUGUUGGCAUUCGCUUUAAUGGCUUUUGUUUUUUUGUUCUUUCGACUUCUGUAUAUUUGCAGAUAACUGAACAUUUUAAAGCCUUCCCUUUGGCUUUCUCCUACCCAUUGGAUGUUCUUUGUGGAAACUGAAUGGCUGCAGUGGGCUGCUUGGGAGACAAAAGGACACAAAAAAAAAAGAAGCCAAGGAAGCACAUUCACUAAUAGUUUGCUUUCCUUUUUAUGCGGUAUUAGGUCUGUGAACUACUUUUUUCAGACCUUAAAAUAUAUAUUUUGUAUAGUAUUUUAAAAGGCUUAUUGUACCUUAUUGUGAAUACUGUUUUGAAGAAGAAAAAAAAAGUUGCUGACAAAAAAGCAAUCGUGUGAAUAUUGUAAAGUACCUCUUUACAUGCAUGAUGCAUGGAUUUUACGAUCACUUCUAUCUGCAGUUGUAUGAGUUUGACGUGACCAGUGACAUCAGGACGGCAGGCGGCCCACUGGCGGGGCACACAGAAAGCCAAAUCAAGAGUUCCGUUUAACUCCCAUCAUGUUCACUCUUAGUAUUGUCGUUACGCUUUUACUUUCGACUCCUAAAGUGAUUCUUCGACAGUCCCCUCCUUCUUCACUGAGUUAUUAUUAUUAUUAUUAUUUUUUUUAACCUGGAUUGACUUCACAUCUGCUUUGUUUGUAUAUGCGGUAGUGUACCGUGAUGAAUUCAUGUAUCAGACGUCUCUGUUAAUAGCUAAUAUUUUAAAGCAUGUCCAUAAGUCGUCCAGUUUCAAGUAUUUUUGCAGUUUUAUCAUUGUAUACCUGUAUUUAAAAGAAGGUACAUAAAGUCUAUUUUGACUCUGCUGUAUUUACAAAGUGUACAGUAGAUUCAGUGACACGUAUUUUAGAGAGCUUUUUUUCCAAGUGUUCGACUAGUUUAUACCUAAAGCAGUAUUAAAAUAAUGCAAGCAUACGUUUGUAAAGGUGCAAUUUAAAUAAGAACACAGAAAAAUACUUAUUUUAUACAAGAAAUGGAAUGGUAUAUUUUUUUAGCACAUUACUGUAUACACUUCUACUCCCCCGCCUCUGCGUGGACCAAAAUAGUCUGAACUACCUUUUCUAAAUUUGCUUUUCAGUAAACGAGUUUUCCGUCUCAGCCCCCCAAUCCGCGAUGCAUCUUUAAGCAAAGGGUUUUUUAUUUUAGAAGGUUAUUUUUUAAAGUCUGCAACAUGUACAGUACACACCAAAUUGUAUAUUUUAUUUAUUCCUUUUGUUUUAAGUUGUCAGUUUGACAAACAAGUUGAUGGAAUGGGCUUUGCAAUAAAAUAUAUAAUUUAUAUAUAUAUAUAUAUAUAUUCUAAGCAGUAAGAUAGCAGACUAAUGAACUACCUGCCUCACUGCUUCUUCUUCAUGUUCUCAGAGCAGAGCAGACACUUGUAACUGUCAUGGAUGGCCGAGGCCUUUGCAGCCCCUCUACUGCCAAGUGUGCUCUGUUGUCUGAAUGUGACGAAUAACUGGAGUCUUUUCAAAUUUGAAUACUUGGCUUACGGUAAUUGAUUAUUUUUUUUUUUUUUUUUGAAAGUAUUUUCUAUAACUUUCAUCCCGAUGUUGUCUUGAAGAAGCAAUUGAUAAUCAGGUUUCUCAUUCUUCCUGAACUAUUUUCAUUUUUUUUCUUUAGUAUUGCCUAACCAAACAACUAACAAUUAAGAAGACAUUAAACGAUGUAGUGAGCUCAUAGCCGUCUGACCUGGACAUCAAUCAUGUGCGACGUUUGACUACAUGGGUGUCACUUGCAAUGUCUGCAGGUUCUCUAGGUUUAAAUAAUGAAUGCAAUGCAGUGUAUAGAUUUUGUCUGUGUAUUAUUAAUUUUCUACUUUGUUGUACUAUUUUCUGUACAUAUACAAUAAAUUAUUUUAAAAAGUGA